CUCCCUUCUACAAAUCCUGUCAACACCUUCCUGCUCGUAAUAUCUGAAAACCCUCAACGCGGUUACAUAUUCAGCAGUAUUUCCGAAAAAAUGUUCGGGUGAUUUAUUGGGGUGUCAUCCUGCCACGAAAUUGCAUCGUUAAAGUAAAGAAUAUCGAGGGACCCGCAGCACGCAAGUCUGGUGAUCCGGAUGAACGAACUGUUGAAAAAGUAAACUCGCAACAGAUUUAGUCGCGGACAACUUCUCUGGGUCUGAGAGACAGCAGAAGCUAUGGCUUUCUCUCUCUCUCUCAGUCUACUCUGUCUGGGCUUGCUGUGUGGGAACGGACUGGUUUCUGCACGCGGAUCUGAGCUGUUUGCACCAGAUCCAUCCAGAGGUCCCCAUUUCACUGGCUGCCGAUCCAGAGAGCAGGAGACCUUCCGCUGUUGGUGGAGCGCUGGGACUUUUCAGAACCUCACUGAGCCUGGAUCCCUCAGGGUCUUCUAUCACACCAAAAAUGCCCUCUCUAGUGAGUGGCAGGAGUGUCCUGACUACUCGUCCACCGUGGAGAACGAGUGCUACUUCAACAAGACCUUCACACACAUCUGGACCUCCUACUGCAUCCAGCUGCGCUCAGUUCCCCAGAAUAUAACCUAUGAUGAGGACUGCUUUACAGUGGAAAACAUAGUGCAUCCUGACCCACCAAUUGGGCUGAACUGGACUCUACUGAACGUCAGUCGCUCUGGGUUGCACUUUGAUGUUCUUGUGCGCUGGGCUCCGCCUCCAUCAGCAGAUGUGCAGAUGGGCUGGAUGAGUCUGGUGUACCAGGUUCAGUAUCGAGUCAGGAACACAUCCAAUUGGGAGAUGCUGGACCUGGAGAGUGGCACACAGCAGUCUAUCUAUGGCCUGCACACUGACAAAGAGUAUGAAGUUCGAGUGCGCUGCAAGAUGUCGGCCUUUGAUAACUUUGGCGAAUUCAGCGACAGCAUCAUUAUGCAUGUGGCACAGAUACCAAUUAAAGAAUCUUUGUUCCCAACAACGUUAGUGCUGAUUUUUGGAGUGGUAGGGGUGAUGAUCCUUCUUAUCCUUUUCAUCUUCUCCCAGCAGCAGAGGUUGAUGGUGAUCUUUUUACCUCCUAUUCCUGCACCUAAAAUUAAGGGCAUUGACCCAGAGUUGCUAAAGAAUGGAAAGCUUGACCAGCUAAACUCCUUGCUGAGCUGCCAGGAUAUGUACAAGCCUGGCACGUACCAUGAAGAUCCAUGGGUGGAGUUCAUCCAACUAGACAUGGAUGACCCUGCAGAGAAAACAGAGAGUUCUGAUACAAAACAUCUUCUAGGCCUGUCCCACUCAGGCUCCUCUCACAUCCUCAAAAGUGACGACGAUUCAGGUCGCUCCAGCUGCUAUGACCCGGAAAUCCCAGACCCUGAGGACUUGCUCACAGCGUCCCUACUGCCUGGCCAUUCAGGUCGGGGGGAGCACCAUCCUCUGGUUACUAGGAGCAGUUCAUCCACCCCUAGUCUUCAGCAAACAUCUGAAGGGGUGGAGACACCCAUUCAAACACAACCCACUGCACCAAGCUGGGUUAACAUGGACUUUUACGCCCAAGUAAGUGAUUUCACAUCUGGCGGAAGAGUGGUGCUCUCGCCCGGACAACUGAACAUCUCAGAGAAGAAGAAAGAGAAAGAGGAGAAGAUACAGUCCCAGCUUGUUUCCAAUGGAGCUUACACCUCAGCUGCUGAUGUGCCCUCCAGCCCUGGUCCUGAGCAAGGAUACCAAGUAUUUCCAUCUCAGGCUGUUGAGGGGAACCUCGGCUGGAAUGGGGAGUACCUGGCUUCUCCCAGUGAGUCCCAAACACUGUAUCUUUUACCUGAAGCUCCAACAGUUUCAGACUAUACUGUAGUACAGGAGGUGGAUGCCCAGCACAGUCUGCUCCUGAAUCCUUCUGCCCCACAACCUGCAGUCUGCGCGCAGAGCCCAAACAAACUCCUCCCUGCCAUGCCAGCAAUGCCAAUGGGGUACCUCACCCCAGAGCUCUUGGGCAAUCUGUCCCUCUGCAGGGAGUAGAAAGUCAUUAGUUGAGGUCACGUUCUACCUUUUUCACUGCUGCUAACCAAAGUUGCAUAAUGGGGAAACAUGGGACAGAAAUUCCAUUGCUGUUUUCUUGGAAUUCUGCAAAUGUUUUUAUUGGGAUUGGGUUUUCUCUGCUGUAGGCUACAAAGCGGAUAAGGCUGAAAGUAUUUUUAAAAAGAUAUUUAGUCUAAAAAUUCUGUCAUUUACUCACCCUCAUGUUGUUCCAAACCAGUAUACUAUGAAUGAGGCUGUCCUUCUGUUCCACAAAAGAAAGAAAGGCAUGAAAGACUUUUCAUAUUUGUGUGAGCUAUC